GAAUGCCGAAGGUGUGUCGUUUCCCCCUCCCUGUCGCUAGACCACCAGCCGAUCAUACGGCUUCGUUUCGUUCAGUCGUCGGCUGCGAACUCAUGGCGGAUAGCUGACGGUGUGUCCUAACGGCUUUUUGUCGCUCCCUUCUUCGUUUUCUCGUUUUUCUUUCGUUUCGCGUCGUUUUAAGUUGUUGAAUUCUUAUUUGUGGUGGUUUACAGUGUUGUGUUGUUGAAAAUUCAUCGAGGUAUCGUAUGAAUCCAGUGUUUGUGUUAGGUUAGGCUUACCUCCACACCUGAAUAUCCUUCUGUGGUUUCAGAGGUGAUUGUCCUUUACAAUAUUUUCUUGUCGGAAGUGAAGUGGUUCUGUGAUUAAUUUUGUGCAAUCUAAGUGCAAUGGGUGGAACUCACUCGACGCAUGAACCAUUGGAUAAAUCUACCAGUACGGCGUUCAAACGUCAUGCCAGCUGUCGACACUCUAAGGGACGGUCGGGCGCGUCGCCACGCAGGAUGGACAGGCUGAGGCGCAGUUUCCGCGAUAGUUUCCGCCGACGGAAGGACCACGUGCCCGAGAGCUCCAAGCCGCACCAGUGGCAGGCGGACGAAGCCGCGGUCAAGGCGGGCACCUGUCAGUUCCAUGUCAAGUACCUGGGUUGUGUGGAAGUGUUCGAGUCCAGGGGGAUGCCUGUCUGUGAAGAAGCUCUCAAAGUUUUAAGAAAUUCCCGAAGAAGGCCUGUCAAAGCAAUUCUGUACGUAUCGAGUGAUGGAUUGAGAGUAGUUGAAGACGAAACAAAGGGAUUGAUCGUGGACCAGACGAUAGAGAAGGUAUCUUUCUGUGCUCCGGACAGGAACCAUGAUAAAGGCUUCUCGUAUAUCUGCAGGGAUGGCACCACGCGCCGGUGGAUGUGCCACGGUUUUCUCGCGCUCAAGGAAUCGGGAGAGAGGUUGAGUCACGCAGUGGGCUGUGCGUUCGCCGCAUGCUUGGAGCGCAAGUUGCGACGAGACAAGGAAUGCGGGGUUACCAUGAAUUUUGACACCAGCAACUCCACCUUCACCCGCACAGGCAGCUUCCGCCAGCAGACUAUAACCGACCGACUAGCCCUCUCCGAGAACAACAAGACCAACAACACUUCUGAAGUGCCUGUUGCGACAGUGGCACCGCAGUCGACUGCUACCAAACCCGUCAACAAUCCGCACGCGAUAGAACGACCACAUGCGACUAUAUCCAUGCUGCAACGCCAAGGUUCCUUCCGUGGUUUUAACCAGUUGAACCAGGCGAGUCCCUUCAAGCGACAGUUGUCACUCAGGAUCAGUGACCUACCGAGCAAUCUGGAGCGCACCAGAGCCAUGAGUCUUCAGGCAGACGACAACCGCACACCGGCGCUCAUUCAUCUCAAAACUCCAGUCAGCCCUAUCCCCGAGGCUUCGCCCCAGAGUGACAAAGCAGACCCAGUGAGUGCCAUGUGCCAGCAGCUGUCACAGGGUCUCAACAUGCUCUCAAACAACGAUGACUUCCUGAUCACCUCCAGCAAGUCAGCAAUUGUGAACAGCAGUGUUUCCAAGAAUCUUUUCCCUACAAGUUCCACUACCCCAGAACUAACAUCUAGCAGUGGAGUCAACAAUGACUCAUUUCUGGCGAAGAUAGAUGCGGUGAAACUCCAGAACCUCAACAACAGUGGAAGUGGUGGUGUUGUGUGGACUCCGCCACUGGCCCUAACACCUCCUGCCACCCCGCCCCUGCCUGCCUCACCCCUUCCUCCUGUCCGAGACCUGCCCCGCCCAGACCAGUGGUUAGGUAAGGUGGCGGCUGUCACCAUGGGCAACUCCUCUCCUGCUGCGGGCCGCCGCGCUCCCAUGCUGUCACAACACCUCCGGGCACACUCCCUCGGUUCAGCCGAGUCAUACUACACCCAUCAGAACACAAACGGUACUACCGACCCGUUUGACGCAGAGUGGGCUGCUAUCGCAUCUCGGAAUGGCCAAACUCCAAGAAGUACCAACCCCUUCCUUUCUAACCCAUCGUCUGCCACACCAGCGUCCAUCAAAGCUUUUCAGGUCCACAUGUGAGACAGGCCGCGAUACGACUAGAGAUGUGCGAGUUUUUACUUACUCAACUUUCUCAUUUAAGAAAAGUAAAACUUUUUGUUUUAUGUUCCUAGUAUUCAGUUUUACCUAACCUAGAAAUUAGGUUUCACAUCAUAAGUACCACAAAUUUAAUAUUAGGACAAGUAAUCAAAUGUAAGGUCUUCAAAUUUGUAUUUUUACAUUGCAUAUGUAAAAUUACUUUUAUCAUAAUUAAUUAAUUGAAAUAAGAAAAUAUCUUGUAUCUAUUAGUUUUGGCAAUGUAACCAGAAGUGUUGGUAUUUUCAAAACUAAAGUUUUUAAUAAUUUAUUUAAGUUAAUGUUGUACGUGGUUCAAGUUAUAGUGUGUUAAAGUAGAAGUAAAUGACAAAAUUAGUGAACGCACAAACUUGUAUUAUUACUUGAAACAUCGGAUCGUAGGUGUUAUACUUCUGACAGAGGUCAGCUCUGAAGAUAGGCUUAGUGAGGGGUUAGAGCUCGCACAUCCCUUACAGUAGAUUGUUAUUUAGUCAGUAAGCUUCGUAUUUUGUAUUCUAAGAGGAAAAGUUGUGCUACGAAAUGUUACGGUUGAUAGGAAAGUCUAAUGGUGUCGAUACUUAAGCCUUUUACCUUGUUAGUAUAAAGUUUAUUAAAAAUCUAUACAUUUCUAGUUGAAAUUGUUAUCAGGAAGCUGUUUACAGGAAGAAAGACAUAUCAGGCAAUGCAGAGGUGCUAUGAAAUAAAAAUACAUUAUUUUCAUUUCUAUAUUUUUACUUGAAAUAUGAGGUACAGUAAACCAUUUCUGAUAAUUGUAUAUUUAUAUUAAUACAUCUUUUUCCUAACAUGAACAAAAUUUUUAAAGAGCACAACAAAUUACUUUCUUUCUCAAUAUUUUUGUCAUGGCUCUCAAAGUUAUAAACUCUAUUAUAUAAACAUUAUAAUAGAAUCAUGCCAUGGUGAGGGCACAUAAACCACUGCACUGAACAUGAGUGAGGCUGUCAAAUGAUUCAUCAAUCAAUUUUUUGUUCUAAUGUCUGCCUUCUUCACUCCUAUGAAUAGUUCCUUAAAAAUGUCUUAACAUUUUUCAGUGCAUUAGAACACCACAUUUAAUUUAUUUAUUCACCUCUAGUUAUUGAGAGUUGACUACAUAUGUUUGAAUAAACAUAAUACUAUGGUUACGGAUUCUCUUGAAAUUUGUCGAAAUAAGAAAGGUUCAGCGAAUUGUUCAGUUUUAUUUAUUUAUUUAUUUAUUUAUAAU